AUGAUGGCUUUGCAACAGGCAUUUCCUGUUCCUGUUUCUUUUAAAAAAGAAUUUAAAUCUCGACCACGUAAAGCGCCCCUGUGCUGUUCCUACCGCCUAAUCAUGUCAGUGCUGUCGUGUUUCGGAUUCUUACUCACAUUUGCUUCGCGCUUCAACCUCUCAUCCGUCAUUAACUGUAUGGUGAAUCAGACGGCCGUCUCGCAACUGUCGGGCGAGGAACUCCGCAAACAUUGGCCAAAACCGAAUGGGUCUGUUUAUGACUUCUGCAGGGAAUACCAUGAACAUCGAGCCAACUCGAGUAAGGGAGAAUUGGUAUGGCCAGUUAUUGUUCAAAAUAUUAUCCAGAUAUCCUUCCUCUGCGGCUAUUGGACCACACAGAUUCCCGGAGGGUUGUUGUCACAAAGGUUAGGUGGAAAGCAAUUGUUUGGGUGGUGUAUGCUAGUGUGCGGUACAAUCACCCUGUUCACUCCACUGGCUGCACAUACAAGCUACUUGUUAGUGGCAGCUAUACGGUUGACCUUAGGUGUCUGUCAGGGAGUUAUCUGGCCAGCCAUGAUGGCUGUCUGGUCGCGAUGGGCACCUCCGGAGGAGAGGCAUAGGCUAACCGGCUGUUGCUUUGGUGGAGCUGCCUUGGGUAUUGUGGCUAUUGAUUAUUUGUCCGACUUUAUGUGCGAACAUACGAAAGGUGGAUGGGAGUCUGUGUUUUUCAUUUCAGGGUCAUUGUCCGUCAUUUGGUGCCUCGUUUGGAGUUUACUUGCCUACGAUUCGCCUGACGAAAACCCGCAUAUUUCAGUGGCUGAAUUGGGUUAUAUUGAGAACUCUCUCUGGAAUGUCGUACCGCCAACCGCUCAGGAAGACUACCGAGCACCUUGGAAAUCAAUACUGACAAGCUCUCCUUACUGGGCACUGGUGGCUGUUCACGUGUGUUCUGAAUUUACCCUGUAUGCCCUGAUAAUAUUCAUAGACAUAUAUCUACAUCAAGCUGAGUAUUUUGACACUAACAAGGUUCGUGCAAUCUCAGCCCUGUCUUACAUUGGUUUUUUUAUGACUAGCGUAACUUCUGGAAUCGUAUACGACUUCUUUUUGACACAGGAGAUGUGUUCUACUACUUUUCAAAGAAAGGCAGGCGUUUCUUUAGCAACGCUGAUUCCAGCUGUUGUGAUUAUCUAUUGUGGUUUUCUUGACUGCACUCGCCGUUUUGAAGCUACGGUCCUUUUGAUGACAGCCGUCGCCUUAAUUGGAUUACAGUUUGGAUGUGGCUACUUAAAUAACUUUGCCGACAUCGCCCCAUCCCAUGCAGCAGUCAUGUACGGAAUGUCAAGUACUUUCUCAACUGUUUCUGUAAUCAUAGCCUCUGCUUUGAUAAAAUCUAUUGUGUACGUGACACACCAUAGCCACUGGAGAAUGAUAUUAUUUCUCAUCGCUGCCAUUGACGUGAUCGGCUGCGUUAUUUUCAUGGUCUUUGGAACGGCAGAUAUUGAGGACUGGGCUAAGAUGCCGAGUGGGGAAAAUACACCUUCGAGCACCAUCAUAAGUGAGGUGCGUGCACGGGCAUUGCACUGGACAUCGCAACGUACAUUGCAACGAAGAGCGCAGCGAGUAAUGAAGAGAAGUUUUGAAAAAGGUAUCCUAGGGCUUUAUAAACCUGGAAAAUCACCGACGUCUGCGCUUCAAAAACGACUUAGAAAAUCGGAGAUGCUUGUUCGACCUUAUGGAUUUGGACAGUUUGAGAUGAUUGUUAAACCUCACAAAUCUAGCCAAUCUGAAAUGUUUGUUAAACCUCUGAGACCUAGACAGCCUGAGAUGUUUGAUCAACCUCUGAGAUCUAGAAACUCUGCGAUGUUUGUUCAACCUAACAAAACUGUACGGUCUGAGAUGGUGGGUCAACCUAUUAGACCUAAAAAAUAUGAGAGAACUGUUCAACCUAACCUACCUGACAAAUCGGAGAUAUCUGUUUAA